AUGGCUGGUCAAUCGGCUCGAGCAGAUCGCCGGACUAGCGAAGACCUGGCUAAGGAGGCAGAUGCUGGUUUAUCAGGCAUGGAUAUAGGGCCAGGAUCGCCUACCCCAAUGCCAACGAACCAACAACCAAACAUGGCUGAAACUAUCAACAACAAUAAUCAGCAACAGGCAGACCCGAAUGCUGCUUUUAUGGCGCAGUUUAUGGGCUCUCUUCAAUCAAACACCACACAAGAUCCUCUGGAGAAGGAGGAGAAAAGAAUAACAUGUCUUGCAACUCACCAUUGGAGAGAUCAUACACCCUGUCUGGAAGGCAGAGAGAAUUUUACCUCAUGGUGGAAUGCUAUUCUCAUGGUUGCAGAAUAUAUUGGUGGACGUGAGAUUCUAGUCCAAGAGAUAGCCCAACCACCACCAGAUGGGAACCCCAUGGAAAAGCUUCAAUGGGAAAUACGUUCUCGUCUACUACAUACCCGAAUUCUUGAUCAACUGCCUCCGGACAUACAGCAGCAGGUCCAAUCAGAGCACAUUCAGUCGCCUGUCCAACUAUGGCGAUGA